UGUCUGCAGCGCUUCAGGAAGACCCUCCGCCUUUCACCGUGGAGCUGGACGGUGAAUGCGUCAGGGUGUCAAUUCUGCCCUGUCCCAUAAUGCAACCUUGAAGGAUGCAGAUGUGUCAGAUUUCGUGCGUUUUGUAAGAGGUCAUUUUAUUUGUGCACAAAUGCAAAUCUAGAAGCAACUGUUGGAAUAUUCCCAUUAAGCAGCAUGACUUGUGUUUCCAUUCCCACCAGAUUUCAGGACAUAAACCCACUCAUGGACUGAGUGGGAGGUUGCAGCCCUGCUCUGUAAAUGAUGCCAUGUAAAUGGUGCUUCACCCUCCAGCCCCAGCUGCCUCCUUCAUACACAGUGGUUUCCUGUGUGAAGCAGCUUUUCACUGGGCAGGUCUGCUUUUCCCUUCCACUCUCCCCAAUCAACAAUGAUGCUUUGAUCGCCGGGGCUGGAAUGCCAUCUAGACCUUGAUCCUUGAGGACUGCUAAUCAUGGAGCUCUGCAUGAGGGCGUUUUGAUUAAUGAACAGCUCUCAUGUUGAAGUUGGAAUGUGCUUUUCAUCAUUUUGCAGAGGCUGCAUUUCAUCUCAUUUCAGGGUGUUUGAAGCUGACACUCCUACUGAUACCUUUAGACUCAAGGAUCUGGUUGGUUUAAUAUGUAUUGAUUUUUAUUAUCUAUAAAUUUAACUGCCAAUAGAACAAAACAGGCUCCCACAAAUUACUGAUGAACUUAAUUAUUAGACAUUUUCACAUAAAUCAUAGCCUGAACAGCUGAUUUCCCAACUAGGAAAUCUCAAGAUCCGUCCAAACUUUGCAGCUCCUCAGCAAUGAAAAGCCUCACUGUUAUUAAAUGCAUAUUGAAGUUUCCAUGCAGCAAAGCCAGUUCACUGGAAACCUGUUAUUUUCCCAUGUGAGGCCAUGGAGCUGGUUACGCUUGGGCAGGACGGGACAGGCUGACAGCAUUGUGGGUGACGACUGCGGCCGGAUCAGCUUCUCCGCCUAAAGCAGUGCAUUGGAUACACCAUGACUGUGCAGAAAUCCAACGUGCACUGCACUACAGAAGCUCCACUGUCUGUGAUCUGCAUGCAUGCCACCGCUGAUCGAUAGCAGAUAAUAAAAGAGCAGCCGGUGAAGAAUUUAGGACAGCGCUGGUGUCUGUAUUGAUUGAGCAGCUCCAAAGUUUCCUGCCAACUUCACCAGCUUGCUGAAAUAGAGAACAUUGAUCAUGGAUGCUCAGCAGGCGGGUUAGGACCAGCCUGAGACCUCCACCUCCCUCCUUCCCUCCCAUCCCAGCCUCGUCCCGCCAUGGCCGGCAGAAGCCCCACACUGAGUCGGGGGGGCGGGGAUUCGACGCCGAGGACCCCCGAGGCUGGCCCAAACCCUCCCCCGGCCCCUGGAGUCUUCUGUAAGCUGUGCCUCAGCGACCAGCCCUCUGCAGCCGUCAGGGAGCUGCAGAGCUGCAACUGCAUCUUCUGCACAUCAUGUUUGCAGCAGUAUGUUCAGCUGGCCAUCAUAGAGGGAGGGGGGGCGCCCAUCACCUGCCCAGAUAUGACCUGCCAAAAGACUGGAACACUUCUGGACUCUGAGAUAGCUGAUUUGUCCUCGUUGGACCAGGCAGAGCUGUAUCAGCGUCUUAAGUUUGAGCGAGGAGUGAAGCUGGACCCGACUAAAGCCUGGUGCCCGGUUCUGGAAUGCCAGGCGGUUUGCAGUUUGAGCCCCGGGUCGGAGGGACAGCCCACCGCCGUGCCCUGCCCCACCUGCCGCGCCGUCUUCUGCUCCGGCUGCCGGGGGCCCUGGGGGGACGGCCAUACGUGUCCCGAGCGCCAGCCCAUGAUGUCAUCCUUGCCAUCUCGUGAAAGCAGGAGUCGCUCCGACAGCGACUCUGACUCACCCAUCAAACAGUGUCCGAUGUGUGGAAUCUACAUCGAGAGGAACCAGGGCUGCGCUCAGAUGCUCUGUAAAAGCUGCAAACACACCUUCUGCUGGUACUGUCUGCAGAACCUGGAUGGCGAUAUCUUCUUGAGGCACUAUGAUAAGGGGCCGUGCAGGAAUAAACUGGGACACUCCAGAGCCUCUGUGAUGUGGAACCGAACCCAGGUGGUGGGCAUCCUGGUGGGCGUCAGCAUCGUGGUGCUGGUGACCUCGCCGCUCCUCCUGCUGGCCUCGCCCUGCAUCCUCUGCUGCGUCUGCAAACCCUGCCGAGGAAAGAAGAAAAAGAAGAAGAAGAAGAGGAAGAAGGACGUCGGGACGCCGGACGCCUCCACAUCGUAGCAGCCCUGAUAGAUGCAGCCUUUGAAACACCAUGAAACCAACAGACCACUGGGGCUGUGGAGAGGGACGGAUGCCGCUGUGGGACACUAGAGUGGGUUUUCAUUAUGACUCCACAGACUGGAAGCCUCCUCAGUGGUGCAGUUAUGUCGUCAAGGUCAAAAAAAGAACUUUCACCUUAACCCAUAAAGACCCAAACAUCCACUGGUGAACAAAAGCAUCUACUGAUCUAAAAUAGACCUGUUGAGCCACUAAACCCACCAAUACAUGCGAAUAAUUGGUGUAAA